AUGAUGUUACGUCCGUCAAGGACUUUGGUGACAGCUCUUCAGCGUGUCAAAGACUGUUGCCCAAUAUUACGCACUGUUCGACAGCGUUCUGAUGUCUCCGAAUUUGAAUCUCCAAUUACUGAUGAGUAUAAAAGAGGUCCUGCAGAAGGGCGAUCUCUUUAUCUUGAUGCACAGGCGACAACACCUCUGGACCCAAGAGUACUGGAUAAGAUGAUGCCAUACCUAACAUCCUAUCAUGGUAAUCCUCAUUCACGGACACAUAUGUAUGGCUGGGAGUCUGAAGCAGCUGUUGAACAUGCCCGUCAGCAAGUAGCCGAUUUAAUAAACGCAGAUAAAAAGGAAAUAAUUUUCACAUCCGGUGCUACUGAGUGCAAUAACAUUUCCGUAAAGGGAGUUGCUAGAUUUUAUAAAGCCAAGAAGAAACAUAUUGUGACGACUCAAACAGAACACAAGUGUGUAUUAGAUUCAUGUCGAGCGCUUCAAGCUGAAGGAUUCGACGUAACAUAUCUGUCUGUUAACUCAAACGGCUUGAUUGACUUGGAGCAAUUAGAAUCAUCAAUAAGACCUGACACCUCUCUUGUAUCGGUAAUGACCGUGAAUAAUGAAAUCGGAGUACGACAACCUGUUGAAGAAAUAGGAAAAAUUUGUCGGUAAUUUUAUUUUUCACAAAAAAUUUUUUUGUUUAUUAUAUAAUUAUAGAAAAAUGUAUUAUUUUUAUUAGUUACAUUAAAAAUUCUUUUUUUUUUUUCCAGAAAAAAGAAAGUAUUUUUCCAUACAGAUGCAGCGCAAGCGGUGGGAAAAAUUCCAGUAGAUGUACAAGCGAUGAACAUUGACCUAAUGUCGAUGAGCGGCCACAAAAUAUAUGGUCCUAAGGGUGUCGGCGCUCUGUACGUAAGAAGAAGACCCAGAGUUCGUGUAGAACCGAUCCAAAGUGGCGGAGGACAGGAACGAGGCAUGAGAAGUGGUACUGUGCCUACUCCGUUGGUUGUGGGACUCGGUGCCGCUUGUGAAUUGUCUAAAAAUGAAAUGGAAUAUGAUAAGAAACAUAUAACACAUCUUGCUAAUCAUUUAAUCGAGAAGAUAUCUUCAAAUUUACCACAAGUAAUACGGAACGGUGACCCGGUUGCUUGGUACCCAGGAUGUGUUAAUUUGUCUUUCGCGUACGUUGAAGGAGAGUCUUUGUUGAUGGCACUGAAAGAUAUUGCUCUGAGCAGCGGUUCUGCCUGCACGAGUGCCAGUUUAGAGCCCAGUUAUGUCUUGAGAGCUAUUGGCGCUUCCGAAGAUUUAGCACACUCGAGUAUUAGAUUUGGCAUCGGUAGAUUUACGACUCUCGAAGAAAUUAAUUACACUGCUGAAAGUACAAUUCGUCAUGUAAAACGUCUUCGAGAUAUGAGCCCACUUUGGGAGAUGGUUCAGGAUGGAAUCGACUUAAAGACAAUCAAGUGGACUCAGCAUUAA